AUGGAGCACGUAGAUAUCCUUUUGAAGCUUCCUGGGCCGAGUCUCUUGAGAGCCAGAGCUGUUUGCAAGGCUUGGAAAGAAGUAAUUGAUUCUCCAUGGUUUUCAAACCGCUACAGGGAUCCAUCGCCCUACAUAUUAUUGCCAUCGCCAAACCAAGAGGGCUUGCCCUUGUGUAACAUAUGCCACUUGGUUCUGGGUAAGUGGUUCAAGUUGGAAUUUCCAUCUACGUAUAUCCAGUCGGUCUCUCAGUCCGGGCUGGUGCUGGUCCGGGAAGGCAGAGUUUUUUGGGUGGGGAAUCCAUUCUUCAAUAAGUGGAAACGGUAUAGCUUAGAAUUGCCAUAUGCGAAAUUUGAUCAUGAGCUUGCAACUCUAGCGGAUGAUGAGCAGGGCUAUCGAGUAGUAUUUCGGGUGCGUAGGUUUAUGCAAACAGCAGUCCUCUACUCUUGGAAGUCAGAGUGGCUCGUCACAGAGGAACGUAAGGAGGAUAUCAAAAUGGAGGAUUUUGCGGAUUUUGUCACAUCCUCUUCCACUGUUUGUGGCAACAUCAUCCAUUCCAUCGGGUCCAAAAACAAAGUGGCACUACUAAGUUGUCGUGUAGACAAUGGCAAGGUUCUUUCGCUCCGCUACUUGAAGCUGGGAUCUGAAGUACUUGAAGGGCGUUUUAAGCUCUUUGGUUGGGAUGGCAAGCUCUACUUGCUGGGAGAAAAUGACAGUCACUUAUUUGGACUGUUUGAAAUAAGAGGAGAGAAUGUAGUUCUGAUAAGCUGGGCACCAGAAAGCAUUUCUACAAAAUUUCCCUUCGUAAGGUCGGCAAGCAUCUACAACAAUACUAUCUACUGCAUUUUUCAAGUGAAGCUAGCAAUGCUAGUAACUUACAACCUCAGUAAACAUGGAGUUCUCGUGGAUGCCCUGAUGGAUCUGUUGGAGGUGAUCAAGCUCUCGUGGGAGAUGGUCAAUCCUCUGAAAGCCAGGCCAGUUUCGAGGAGGCCUGCUGCUGCUCAUGGCAACAAGGACUACGGCUACUACUACUGCUACAGUUGUUGA